AUGAGUUUUAUCAAUAUGAAUAUGUCGCAGAUGAAACCGCUCGCGACGAAACAAAUUGUUGCUUUUGUUAAUUAUUUCAUGGUAAAAAAUGUUCAAAUAUUGCAAGAUUUUGUUUCAAAUGUGGAGCGAAGGAUUAUUGACAUGGAAAAGCGUUUAAGUCGAGUGGAAGUGGAGUUAAAACUUUUGGAACUUAAAUUGGACAGCGUGCCAAGCUUACAAAUCAUUGUUUCGGAAGACAAUGAGGUCUUAGCAAAACAGCGAUAUAAUGGUCCACUGUUUAAUCAAAUUUCAGCAGAAGAUACUGUAGAGGACGAAAUAGUUGAGAAUGUGAAGGUAGAUAACUCAGAAUCCUUAUUGGCUUCUAGUUCUCCUCCCAGUAUUGAAAGAUCAAGCGAAUCAAUGGCUUCGAAAACGUCUCUUGAAAACCAAAACAAACCAAACAGUUGCCUUCGCAUUCGAGAUGAUCCUCGUUACGCUGUUUACUUCAGAAUGCUUAAAAUGGGCGUACCUGAAUGUGCAGUGAAACAGAAAAUGGCCACUGAGGGAAUCGACAUAGCACUUCUUCAAACACCAGACGCUCUUUCUGACUUCCUGGAAGAUGCGGCAGCUAGUAUUGAAGAUAAAGAUUCAACAAGUGCUGAUGAUGACGAUCAGGAUUCAACAUCUUCCAGUGAUCGUUGA